AUGGUAAAGCAAGCAACCAAAGGCCAGAAGGAGAUUUAUGAAGAUAAUCGAAGUACUAUUUUGACGUUUGGAGCAACGUGCUUGAUAGUUGUGGUGGGUAGUAGUUCAUUUAGCAAUAAUUUCGCUGUGUUCUUAGAACUUUUCUAUUAUCAAUUCAUUGUCAUAGGCGCACGAUUUGAUGAACGAGGACGUGUUAUUGAUGCCGGUAUGGAUUUGAAUGAUCCAGCUGCUUUCGGUGAAUACUGUAAAGAUGCAAUUAUUCUCACAACUAUCGCCCAGAUUAUCGCCUUAUACUCAACAUACGCUUACUUGAUCCUUCUUCUUAUUCCAGCCACGGCAGCAUACAAAUGUUUCUUUGCAUUUCCUCUCCAUCCCUGCAACCACUUCAAUGCAAAUUAUAGUAGUUUGAAAAAAGCAUAUCGUGCCUAUCCGUUGUCUCCAACCGCAUGUUAAUU